CAUUUACUAAUAUAUGAAUAGACUGUAAAUAGUUGUUUGGUUUGACUGUAUGUAUAGCGAGUGUCAUACUGUAUAUAAACAAAGCUAUCGAUGGUAUCGAUACUAUCGAAGUUUGUUAAGUAUUGAUCGGUUGUCACAAUGGACGCCAUGAAUGCGUCCUCACAGUCGAGUCCGGCCAACAAACGGACAAACAUUAACAUCAAUUACCAGACCAAUGGCCAAACACACGACCAACUUAACGAUGGACUACCCGCUCAACAACAGACUCAAAGUGGCCCACAAUCGUCAGUCAACUCAAUGGCACCGCAAGUGGCCAACAAUCAGUCACCGGGAGCUCAGCCCACGACCAGUCAACCGACGUACUCCAUACCCGGUAUUGUCCACUAUUUGCAAUAUGAAUGGCAACGGUUUGAACUACAAAGACAACAGUGGGAGGUGGAAAGGGCUGAACUACAGGCACGUAUAGCACURCUUCAGGGAGAGAGGAAAGGACAGGAAAAUCUGAAGAAUGAUUUGGUCAGACGUAUCAAAAUGUUAGAGUACUGUCUGAGACAAGAAAGAGCCAAAUAUCAUAAGUUAAAGUUUGGUUGCGAUCCGCCAAAUAUGACCACAACUAAUGAUGAACUCAAAGAACUCAAUUCAGACUUAGAAGAGUCACUGAUGAGCGAUUCCGGCGGACAAUCGUCGGUCAACUGGAAACAGGGAAGACAAUUAUUACGGCAGUAUUUGCAAGAGAUUGGUUAUACAGACACCAUAAUCGAUGUCCGAUCCAAUCGAGUCCGAAGUUUGUUAGGCUUAACAUUGAAUACCAGUUUAGAUGAGUCACAAACCGUCGGUCAGGACACGGGUGAUGCCGUUAAUAGGAAACUCAAUGAGACAACUGUUGACAACUAUAAGACACGAUUAGGAAGACGAGAUCUACGUGAAACUGAUCGGUGGAAACCGGAACAAGCAAUCGUGGCCGAUGCCGAGGCCAGCGUUUUGGCCACUUUUGAAUUUCUUAAUGAACAGAGAGAUGGACGCAAUCAAGAAGACAACGAAGAAGAAGAAGAGGAAGAAGAAAGUUGUGAAGAUAUAGACAACAGUCGAAGUUCAGGUCCUUAUGUUAUUGAUUCUGAAACUGAAGAAGUAUUGGCCGAAUUUGAUUUUUUAUCAGCUCAUUCCGGUGGUGAACAAAAGGAUGGCAGUCCUUGGGGUAGACCAGGUUCUGGUAAGGAUGUGGUCGAUAUAGGAGAGUUGGCAGCACUUACUGUUGCCAAUGAAUCAGAUAUGAAUGGUUCGACUGUUAACUCACAAAUGAAUACAGAAUUUAGAAAGACAUGGAAUCCUAAAUACAUUCUUAAAUCACAUUUUGAUUGUGUCCGAUGUCUCCGAUUUCAUGCAUCCGAACCACUAUUGAUUACCUGUUCUGAAGAUGAGACGAUCAAACUAUGGAAUCUUAACAAAACCCAACAGUCAAAUAAAGGCAAACAACAACAACAGCCCACGGGUCCAACUGGCGGAACAACAUUUGAUUUAGAACCAGUCUAUACAUAUAGAGGUCACACAUCAAGAGUAUUAUCGUUAGCCGUCAAUAAUAAUACGAUAUACUCGGGCGCACAAAAUGGUCAGCUUAUGAUUUGGUCAAUACCGGCAAAUAUAGCAAAUAUAGAUCCAUAUGACGCGUUUGAUAUGAGCCUUCAAGUAUGUCAACUGAAUGCUCACGCGAAUGCCAUUUGGUCUUUGGUGGCCAUACCUUCUUCCACAUCUCCGACACCUAUACUAUGUUCGGCAGCUUCUGAUCAAACAAUAAAGAUUUGGGACACAUCUCGUGUUCAUUGUGCUAAAACCAUUACUUUAGAAGGGAGCUUAAGGCCAACAUGUUUGGCUGCGGUCGCACCACAUAAUAAUAAUAGCAACGACAUUACAUCACCAUCACUAUUGGCCGCUUCACUCACAGAUGGCUCGAUCUGUUUAUACGAUUUGGAGGCCACCAGUGAAUCAAAACCAGUGCUCACAUUUGAGUCGGGAUCUCCGGGAAGAGUUAAUGCCAUUGCCGUACACCCAACUAUGCCCGUUGUUGUCAGUGCUCAUGAAGACCGACAGAUCAAGUUAUGGGACAUCAAUAGUGGUAAAUGUAUUCACGCAAUGGUUGCCCAUUUAGAUGAAGUUACAUGUCUUGCCUGUGAUCCCAAUGGACUGUAUUUAUUAAGUGGAAGUCAUGACUGUAGUGUCCGAUUGUGGAACUUUGACAGCAGAACCUGUGUUCAGGAGAUAACAUCACAUCGCAAGAAGUUUGACGAAGCGAUAUUUGAUGUGACAUUUCAUCCGAGUAGGCCUUACUUUGCUUCCGGCGGUGCCGACGCUUUGGCCAAAGUUUUUGUUUGAUAACAAUUGUCGAUCUAAUUGUUUACAAGUUAUUAUUAAAUAUUAUUAUGUAAUUGUAUUAUAUAUUUUCGGCACUAUUUGGAUAGACAUCUCUAACUCACGCUUAGGACAGUUAUCCUAAUGACCCGAAACCCGAUUUUAUUGAAUAUAGUUUUAAUUAUUUAUAUUUUUGCAAAUUAUUUUUCACUUCAUUUUCCGCUAUAAAUGACAUAAACACUAAUUGUAUUUUUAUUAAUGGUUUGUUUUUCAUUAUUUUAAAAAUUUAUAUUGAUUUAAUUAUUUUGAAUCACUGAUGAUAACAAAGCAGAUAAAAACUAUUAUUUAUUAAAACUAUUGAUUGCUUUUACGUAAUUAAUAAUUUUAUUUCUUUUCUUUUUUUUUGUUUAAAUUUAGACGAUUUUGUAGGAAAAUUUUUUUAUGUAAAAGCUUUUAUAGUAUAUUAUGAUAGACAUGUUAUAUAAAGUAAUUUUGCGAUCAAUUUAUAUAUUUGAUAUUAUGUUUGUAUUUUUAAUUACAUUUUGUGUGUAAUUGAUGAUUGAUAUUGAAUGUCAGAGAGAGAGAGAGAGAGAGAGAGAGAGAGAGAGAGAGAGAGUUUGAUACCGUUUUGUAAUAAAGUAAUUAUAUAUUUUGAUUUAUAAUUAUUUAAAUAUUUUUGUCAAAUUUAU